GCGUGCGGCUCCGUAUCUUGAGCUCGCGACCGGGGAGCCGGAGGUGGGGGGACCGACGGAGAAACUCUUCAACCGAAACCCAACACAACGACAAGCGUUGUUUUACCGAGGCAGCAGGUUGUAACGUGUUUUACGCCCCCGUAGCUGCUGAACACCGAGCCGAAGUGUUUCACGGAUCCUGGAGGCGGUUUCGGGCUUGAAAGUUGACCGUGUUUGGAUGAACUUGUCCCGAGUUGUUGUGGUGGACGUUAGCGACGACUGAACGGGAGGCGGAAUAAUGCCGUGGCUACCGCUGUCCCUGUUCUGACCCGGCUCCAUUUUCCCCCAGACAGCCGGGACACGAAAAAAAGAGAGGAUAAAGGAGGAAAGAAAGUUGGGAAAAAACAACUGAAAGAGAGGAGAAAUGGCCGAGGCACGGUCUGAAGAAGAGGAGGAAAACAUGAUGAGGGACACCCGGGAACAAGUGGUCCGACGACAGCCAAACAGCUCCGGAGGUCGUCCUGACCGACGCAAGCCCGAGCACCGUCACAGCCAGGGUCCUCUCUCUUCCAUCAGAGCUGCCAUCAAGAGAACCUCCACCAGGCCGACCUCUCUCUCUGAGACGUCCAGAGAUAGAGACAGAGAGCGAGACAGGGACAGAGACAGGAGGCGACCAGAGAUCACUAUCCUGUCUGCGGAGCCGCUGGCCUCCACGUCCUGGUUCCCAGGGGCCUCUGGAGGAUUCCCACCUCCCCCUCCUCCUGCUGCACAGAUCUGGGGACCCACAAUCCCUCCGUCCGUACAGCCUCCUCCUUCCUAUGAGGAGGUGAUCAGGGAGAAGACACAGGAGCAGGUUCUCCUGCCUUCUUCUUCCUCCAGCUCCUCCUCAUCCUCGUCGCGUCCCGUCUCCACGAUAACCAUCGCCACGCAGACUGAUCCAGGAUCUGCUCCUGAUACCCACGAGCCACAGGUGGGAAGACCAGUAAGACCACCACGACCGCCUCUCCCCCACCCUCCCAAAUCAUCUCACACUGAUGACAUCACCACCACCACCAGCCAAUCAACACACACCUCCCUUAACAGUGACUGUGUGAGACCAAACACACAUGUUGAGAAGGUCACAGACACCUCCGCCAACACCCAGUGCUGUGACAUCCUCACUGACCUUUGUUCACCUUUGACCUCAACCACUGGUGCUCAGACUGACCAAUGGGAUCAGUCUGUUGUGGCUGUUGACGUGGCAACUCCUUCUAACUCUUCUUCUCACGUCCAGUUAGAGCGUCCUAGACCACGUCCCCGUUCUAAGCUAGGUGUCCAGCCAAUCAGCAGUGAGGUUAGAGUUCAGACAUUGGUGAAAAUACGUGAGGACGGUUUGGCCACGCUAGCCGCCCGCACAGGAGCUGACACCGCUAACCAAGAAGUGAGCCAGGGGAAGUACCUGCAGGAGCUGCUCGAGGCCUUCAGCUCAGACGACUGGGGUUUCCCUGAUCACCACAGCGACAGCAGCGGGCACAGCCAAUCAGAGAGUGAGGAAGGAGACGAGGAAGAGGACAGGGAGGACAUGGCAACUCUGAAAGCGAGGAUACAAGCCUUUGAACAGCAGCAGCAGGGGACUGAUGUGAGCUGUGGGGACAGUAACAACAGAGACUUUGUUGUCACAAAGAGACCUGAACCCCGGCCACGCCCUCGUCUCCAGGGGCAACCAGCGAAGUCUGCCCCUCCCAUCGUCGCCCCAAAGCCCAAGAACUUUUCACAUGCUCCGAAACCAUCCAGCAAGGUAUUCUGGGAAGAUGGCGGAUUGGCGGCAGUGGCGGCAGACUCGGGUGGUACAGACAUUCUGAAAACAACUGAAUCCCCAUCUGCAGACUUGAACCCUAAACCCCCAACUUCUACUGAACCAGCACCUUCCUGUGCCCCAAAAUCUGUUCCAGCACCGCAGCCCCUCAAAAACACAGAAAAACCCCCAGUAACACCAAAACCCCAGACUGCCACAGAGACCCUCCUUAGUAUCUCCUCUGCCUCUGCCUCUGCCCCGGUCCCGGCCCCAAGGCCCCCACCACCCAAACUCACCCCCUCUCUCAGUGACGCUCCCUCCCCAUCCAACCCCAAACCCCCACCGAGACCUCCAGUCGCCCCUAGGGCCAGCAUGGGAGCACCACACCAGGAUAAGGGCACCGCAGCUGAGCCCGCUACCCCAGCUCUGCCUCCGAGACCCUCAGUGGAGGUUGGCAGUGGAGCACAGACAGAGGCUCAGGCUGGAAGUGAUGAGACGCAGGAAACUGCAAACCAAACUGUGAAAACAGGAAGUGUUCGUCCAGGCAUCCCGACCAAACCAGCAGCGCUGACCUCACCACGCAGAGCCAGCGCCCCACAUUUGGCCCCAAAACCCACUGGAGCCUCACUACUGGCCCCAGAUCCAAACCCAGUCCCAGCCAAACCUACAGCUGCCCCAGCUACGCCCCCAAAACCAUCAGGACCAGCCGCUGCUCCGGUUCCAGCCAAACCCCCAGCACCAGCACCAGCUCCGGCCCUUAGGAAAGGGCCUGUGGUCCAGACCAAAGCUGAAACCACCAGCACUGCUGACCCAAACUCAUCAGACCCUCCUCUUCCUCCACGGCCUUCAAGUGUCAAGUUCCUCCCCCUUCGUCCUCCACCAAUCAAAUCCAUUCCUGGGCGUCCGCCACCUCCAGCCGUCAGCUCAGCUUCCUCCGUCAGCCAGAUCCCUCCUCCUUCCAGGACCAGUCCUGCUCCCUCUGUCUCACCAGCCAGCCAGUCUCCACCUUCACAGACCGCUCCACCACCUCCUUCUGUAACAGCGAAUCAGCUGCAGACUCAAAGGGUCUCAAAGAGAGGACCGCCUCUGCCCCCCCGACCUAAACCAGGACAUCCUCUCUAUAGCAGCUACACAAAACAGGAAGUCCUGAUUGUCCUGGACGACCCCACCCCGGAGCCCUCAGAGCGUCUCUCAGAUGAAGGAAAGAGUGAGACCACCAUCACCCCCCUCAUUAACCCAUCACAGUGUCUCCUGGACUUGGACACCCAACUAGAGCCCGUCCUCGAUCAGGACAGCCAGUCAAAACCUGCCUUGGAGGACCUCAGCCUGCCUGAGUCCCAGUCCAUUCUGCCUGUGCAGCCCACUGAACAGAAAGAGCAGCCAGACCCUCCUCCUGUCAGUGGUCCUCGGUGCAUCGCCUUGUUUGACUAUGAGGGAGAGGAGGACGACGAGCUCACCUUCUCGCAGGGCGACGUCAUCGCCCUCCUCGAGCUCAUAGGGCAGGAGUGGGGGCGGGGCCAGAUCCACGGGCGAACUGGAAUAUUCCCCCUGAACUUCACUGAGGUGGUGGAGCCGCUCCCACAGCCGGCGUUAUCACCAGGGGAAACGACAAAAACCACGUCGAUGGAUCCUGUGAUAGAACACAGCGCAGCACCAGAAACCUCAAAGGACGCAAACUCAGAGGCAGAGGAGUGGGCUGUGGCUGUGUUUGACUUCCCCGGUCAGGCUGCAGAGGACCUGUCCUUCCACAAGGGGGCGCUGAUCCGAGUGACUGAGCACAUCGACGCUGAGUGGAGGAGAGGCAGACUGGAGGGGAGAGAGGGGCUUUACCCCGCUGCCUUCACACAGCCCUACCAGGCUUCCUCUUCGUGUUUCCAGUCCAACCAGUUCCCGUCCAACCAGUUCCAGUCCAGCAGUCCGCGGUUAAAGGAGUGGCCAAGGCUCUGUUCGACUUCACCGCAGAGAGCGAGGAGGAGCUCACACUAAAGGUUGGUGACAUUUUAACACAGGUGGAGUCUGUGGAUGAGCAGUGGAUUUUGGGAGCUGUGGGUGGGAAGCGUGGGAUUGUGCCUAAAAACUACAUUUCACUUCUCUGACGAGGAAAUCCUGAAAGUCGGACAUGUAGUCACAUUGACUCCUUGAUUGACGACCCUGACCUGACAUCGCCAUGACAACUAAGACUUUGCUCUUCUCACUGUUGUCAUGACGACGACAAAGAACAGGAUGGACCUGUGCUGCCUUAACGACCGACUAAAACUGAUAUUAUGAUGUUGAGUUUUGUCUCCUUGUCCCGUCGUGUUGUGACGCGUCCCCCGUGCUCCGGUGGGACUCUGUGGGACAUUUCCUCCUGGGACUGGAUUUGACUUUUCUCUUAUUGACUCCCGCUCUCGACUGUUUUAGCUCCGCACUAGUGUGAUGGGACAUAACGGACCAACGUCCAGGUGGGACACGGCUGGACACCUGCGUCUCAGAGGCGCUUUUAGACGACUUCAGCGUUUCCUCUUUGUGUCUGAUUACAGAUGUUUAGCUAAAUUUAAUGGUGUGGGUGGAAACGUUUUCCGAAUCAGGCCAGCGUGUAGCAUCGGAACUGGAACUCGGCUCAGCAGGUUUGGAGAGGAGGACUAAUUCACUUCAGCUAACUCCGUGAAAACCUAAAACUACAUUUAUCUUAAACACAGUGAUUCUAAUCCAGAGCCAGUUUUCCUAAAUAUGUUUAACUCGUAGACUUUGCUGAUCUGAGGCCUUUAAAAACGCCACCUAACGUUGACUGAAUGUUUUGUGACACUGGUCGGUACCUGUAGCUAUUUAUGAAAGAUUCAAAAGAUUCUUUUUAUGUUGCACAAAAAAACUUUUUAAAAAAUGUUUUACAUUCCCUAAACUUUGAAGCUUGAACCAGAUCCUUUUAGAAAAACAACACUAAGUCUGCUCUUCAUCUGUUAUCUACACAUUGCUCAUACAUAGAUUAGAGCUGACCAACGCACACAAAGCAAAGUGCAGAACAGCAUGAGCCUCAGCACAACUCUGCUGUAGUGAACCAUCGUUUAUUCACCAAAUCUUUGGCAGAGAAGUGAAAUAACGUGUAUUUAAUUUGUAUUCAACAGAUUAAAACUAAAGCUGGACACUAAGAGCGAGCAGCUCAGCAUGGAGCUCAGUUAUAGAAGCUUCAAUAAAUAUAUCUACAUAUGAUGUUAACUGCUUUUCUUUUCUUUGUUUGGAGACAUCAUCACAACUAAUCUGGUGUCAAGUCGUCAAAGAGCAAACCUUAACAUGUGGCAUCUGUUGGACUGAUUGUUCUCCGGAGGGAAUGACUGUGACUCGCGUGUGUGUGUGUGUGUGUGUGUGUGUGUGUGUGUGUGUGUGUGUGUGUGUGUGUGUGUGUGUGUGUGUGUGUGUGUGCGUGUGAAUCGCUCUGAUGUGUUAUGUAACCAAACAUUCCAACUUUUUAAUCCCAAUAAAACUUUGAGGCUUUUCAGUAAAUCUUAGUUUUUACUUUUUAAUAAUUCUUUUUACGCAGCUAGUGCGAGUUGUCAGACCAAACUCUUCAAACUCAGCUCUGACUAAAUGACUGGAAGCUGAAACAGUAGAUUUUGUUUUAUGUUCCUGUAGAAAUAUUACGUUAGUGAGUUUAGCAGGAAGGCGAGAAAGACAAAGGCACUGCGGGAUCGAUGCGAUGC